AGUUGAUGCCGAAUGCAUUUCACAGCACGAGUCUACACCCUCUUGCACAUCAAGUAGACUUCCAGUCCAUGAAUCAAAGUUUAGGAGCCAAUCGGUUCGACCUCAUGAAGACUUGUCAGACAUCUGAGCACACCUGAUUAUCAAUUAGAAGGUGCUAAGUAACGAAAGAAGCUCUCUGACUAUUUUAGUAUAAGCUCUGGAAUGUAGGAGCUUUUUGUUCAAUUUUUGGCUAGUUUCUUUUGAUCUAGAAACUCUUGAGAUAUUCAGAACAUGUUUUAACAUAAGUGGAGAGUAAUCUCAGAAGAAAUCAGCACCACAGAGUCCCUUUAAGUAUUAUUUUCAGACCGUACUCUAAUGAAAAUGUUCGAUAAAAUUCGUUUCUUGCAUCUUAUCGUGCUGGGAUUUCUCUCAGAGAAUUUUCUAUCUGGCAUCUCUGGGUUAGCAAUUUGUAAGACAAUGCAGAUGCUUGACUUCCUAAAACUGUUUAAGUUAGGAAUAUUGAUUUCUCAAUGAGAAUA